AUUUUGCAUUACAUUAACGUAGAGAAUUCUCAAAAACACAUUUGAGUCUAUUUCUUGUUUUGUUUCCCACAGAGUUAGGAGUUCCCGAUCUACCUUAAUUCCCACUAAUCAAUCCCUGCAUUCUACGUAAUCAUUCUUUUUUAAUAAUUUCAACCAUUGCUGUUACAAUUUUACAUUCUUAUCAUCACAAGUGAUCUGCUUGUGGAAAUUAGGUACAAACACCAUGGGUUCAGAAAGUUGUUUAGAAAAUGCACAUGAUGAUCACAAACAACCUCUCUUUUCAUUUGGAUUAAUAUCUGAUGUUCAAUAUAGUGAUAUUCCUGAUGGACGUUCAUUCCUUGGUGUUCCUCGUUACUAUAGGCAUAGCAUUGAUGUGUUACAAAGAGCAGUUCAAAAUUGGAACAAUCAUCAAAAACACAAAUUUGUGAUAAAUUUAGGAGAUAUUGUUGAUGGGUUUUGUCCAAAAGACCAAUCUUUUAACACUGUAAAAAAGAUUGUCGAUGAAUUUGACAAAUUCGAUGGACAAGUAUAUCAUUUAAUUGGAAAUCACUGUCUAUACAAUCUACCUCGCGAAAAGUUACUUCCGUUGUUGAAGAUUCAUAGCCUUGAAGGUUAUGCUUACUACGAAUUUUCUCCCGUCCCGGAAUAUAGAUUUGUAGUUCUUGAUGGAUAUGAUAUAAGUGCAAUUGGUUGGCCAAAAGAUCAUCAUAAAACAUCGGAGGCAAUGAAAUUUCUCAAAGAGAAGAAUCCAAAUGAAGAUAAGAAUAGUCCAACAGGUUUAGUUGGACUUGAAAGAAGGUUUCUCAUGUUCAAUGGAGGUAUUGGAAAGAAACAAAUAGAAUGGUUGAAUAAUAUUCUUCAAGAAGCAACAAAAUUGAAACAAAAAGUUGUGGUUUGUUGUCAUUUGUCUCUAUAUCCUGGUGCAUCAUCUAAGGAAGCAUUGUUGUGGAAUUAUGAUGAAGUGAUAAAUUUGAUACAUAGAUAUGAUUGUGUGAAGGUUUGUUUCUCUGGUCAUGAUCAUAAAGGUGGAUAUGCUAUUGAUUCUCAUGGUAUACAUCAUAGAGUUCUUGAAGCUGCAUUGGAAUGUCCUCCUGGUAGGGAUGCAUUUGGAUAUGUUGAUGUUUAUGAUGACAGAAUGUUACUUUAUGGUACGGACAGAAUGCUGAGUACAGACAUGUAUUUUAAUAACCCUAAAGGGAAUUUAUUGUGAUUAUAUAUGUUUUAUUUUGUCGGAUACCUGUUAUGUAAAUCAAUUUUUUCCCUUGCCUUUUGGACAGGAUCAAGAGAGAUAAAUAUGCAACAAGCAUUUACAUUGUCAAGAGAAUUUUCCUCA